ACAAUAUGGCGGCCAUGGCCCUAGUUUGUCUGGACGAAAAGUUUGCAUGUAUGGAAAGAUAAUCAUUAUUUGUAGUUAAUAAUUGAUAACAACGUCACUGUCAAUGCUAAGAAAGAAGUCGGCGUAGACACGGAGAAAGCACACUUUUGAAUCGGAGCGUGCGACUGCGGGAGACAAUUUAAUAAUGCAUCGUCGGUGUUUAUCAUCGGCUGAGUGUUUUAACUGAGGAAACACUUUCUGUGAUAGAAAAAUUAACAAUGGCUGGCGGCGGUGCUCUCAACCUCUCUCUUCUCAGCCGGGGAGUUGGCGAGGUUCAAACGAAUGGGCACGAAAAAGUUGAAGUAUUCCUGGAACCAGAGGACUACUACAACUUCCGCGAUGUGCCACAUCGCUACUACUUCCCACCAAUCAAGCACAAGUACACCAUGCUGCAAGACAUGCCCGAUCUGUCCUCCCGAGAGUCACGUGAUCACCAAGAAAUCCAUCUUCCGAAAACUUUCACGACCAGGAAAGGAGCCCUGUUGUUGUUUUCCGAAGAUCUUGCGUUACGUGACAGCGAGAGGGAUCAAACAGAACAACAACAGACGAAACCUGUGUCGAAGAGUACAGACGGAGCUCUGGAUUUACGAACAGUGGACGAUUUAGCAAAGAGUAUUUUGUCUUACGGUAAUCAUGACAAUAACAGUGUGUACUUGAAGUUUUUACAUCGGAAGCGAGAGAAACAUUACCGACAAAUUCGACCAGGAUUCUCAGCAAAGCGUUACCUAGCAACAUGGACCAAAAGCUGGGACGACAGUGUGUUAGAGACUGUGAUUAAUAAAGGAUACAUCACAGAGCGAUCCCUCUUCCAAUAUAACUUUGUGAUUCCACAUCUAAAGCGCCGGAUAUUCCAUGAGGACCUGUCACACUACCCCCCUCCAUAUCGGCUCAUGAGGAAUAUGCUGAUAUCUCCUGGUAGUCUGUCAGGGUAUACGUUCUACAGAGCUGUGCCAGAACUGGAAGAUAUGAUGGAUCAGUAUCAAGACCGUGAACUUGAAGGGGAGUCGAUGAGGUCACGACCUCCGACCUCUAUUAAGGUCAUCCGCACCCGCAAUGGAGAACAACGGGAAGUGAGUUAUGCAAGCCUAGACAGGAAGUCCCAAGAAGAAGUCAUUACUGACUUACUGGUGAAGAGUGCUGUACAUUAUGCCCUGAAGAAACAACAGGAGUAUAUGACUGAGGACAUCGACCUGAUGGAGGUGGCGAAUGCAGACAUUCAUGCCUCGACAUACGCGGACAGCGAGAGAAAGGUGUCCAGCUCCAUGAAGACCCCUGUGCCUCAGUUUGACAUGAAGGAAGCAGUGGAGUCCCUAUUAGACUCCCAUCGACAGCAGCAACUUGAGGUGGACUUCCCGGCAAUAGACAACCAGUCACACAGCUCGGACUACGGGGGAUCCUUCAAGGGAUCCAAUAUUCCAACACAUGCUGUCAAAGGACAUUCCGCCCAGAAUCGCAGUUGGCCAUAUGGAAUCGAUGAAGCAGGAAAGGAGUACAUUGGCAGUGCACCCAUUGUGUCACUACGAGAAAGUAGUUCCUCCCCCUCUGGGUCGGUGACAAGUAUCCCCCAGCUUCCAGCCAUCUCUCGACAUCCACUCACCCCCAUCAAGGAUGUCAGCAGAGAGACAACCUACCAGAACAUCACACUGCCACCCAUUUUUGGACAAGAUGGUGUUCCGUUGGUUAACGUUGAACCUCCAACGCCACAACACUCGACGUUGAUGAAUACAACGGAGACAGAUGGCCGUGCUGUUCCUCCGAAACCAUCAAAGGAUGGAGAAGAUGACUCGUGGAGAGGGGCUGAGAGACAGCAUCAUCGGAAGAGACAGAAGAAGGCAUCGCAGGCUGGUUCAGACAGAGGUCCAAUGGCAGCAGGGGGAGCCAACCUCCACAGCAGCAGCGAGAGCAUCGCCCACAGUGGUGUCCAGUCCAUCCCUAGCAAACAGAGGCCACACUGGAAGGGAAGCCAGCAGAGCCUCAAGAGUGUUGGAUCCAAGAAGGGACGUGUCGACUUUGACAAGAAGUCCUCCACGAGUUCACCGGAUCGUUCUGAGACCGGCAGCGUCAUUGGUGAUGGUUCCUUGAAGGGCAGCAUCAUCUGCGCCCCCGAUGGUGAGAUCAUCAGCGUUGGCGGAUCCGUAGGACCGUCCAAACAUGCACAUGGUGAUGUGGCGCCACUGCAAGAUGUCAUGCGUGUCAACAAGAGAGUUGGCGACGGUGAGGUUGCGGAGUCCAUCCCAUCGGACACAGACGAGCCGGAAGAGUGGAAGGAGUCCCGAAAGAAGGUCCACCUGGACGGCAAGGAGGAGAGGAGACAGUCUCGCAAAGAUUCAGAAAGUGGCCGAGAGCUUGAUGCAUCUGCAUCCAUCCAUCAGUGGAAUUAUGCCAGCAGUGACCAGGGCCGCUCCCUGGCGCCGCGGGCACAACCUCUCACUGCCAGACAUGUAGAUGCAGAGUCUUCCGCAUCGGAGCAGCUGUUGGUGGAUGCUCUCACUGAGCAUGCUCAGAAGAUCGCUCAGAGCGUGCUGAGUCAGUCGGAGGCGGGGCACAAUCUGGAGGCAGACAUCAGGCAAGCUGCAACAUUGUGGGCUGACCGUCACCCAACCCGGGAUAUUUCUCGCAGUCAGUCUGUGCAGGAACCAACCAACACUGAUGCUAUAGAACAGAUCAUGAAGAAGCAUCGGACCACGAGCGCUGAUCCUACUGCCGCAGAAUACCGGGAAGAGAUCCGCCGCAAUCUUACAACUGCAGUUGCCAAGGCAGCAGGUCUGACCCCGGAUGCCUUUCCAGCUGAUGCCGGGAUCAGUGAUGAGCUGUUGGAGGCACUGGCCAACAACUCUGUGAGCCCCGAGGACAUCGAGAUCGUCAAGGAUGAGGAAAGUGGGCAGAGCACUCUCAGGUCUAAAAGUCAGCUUUCCAAGGCCAUGGGAGGUGUGAAGGAGGGACACCUCUUUGUAUCACCAGGAGGGGAUGACGACAGCAAACCCUCCAUCUCCAUCCCAUCAGAGAGGGUCUCAGUCAAGGACGUCGGGGACGUGGACGUCAUCAGCUACGGAGUGCCAGAAACAGGGGACCUUAUUGAACCUGACCGAAGGUCAAAGGGCAGCUCAAAGCACUCGUCCAUCGUGGAUGGAGGGUCGGAAACACGGAGCGUGAGGAAGCCGUCUGACGUGCCUGCUGCAGAUGAUUUUAUGCAGGCUGUGAAGCAAAUAGAGGAGAAGGUAGCUGAAGUUGUCUCCCCUGCUGUUAUUCCCAAACCAACACCAGAGGACGCCACCAGUGAACAUGGCAGCACAAAGACAGGUGUGUCUAAGACAUCUCAGAAGACCGAUGACUCGAAGAGCGCCAAGAAGAAGAAACCAGUGUCCAUUGAAGACAGGGAGGAGUUUGUUGUCGGCAAAGUGGAGGACAAGAAAGAGCUGGAGAAACUGUACGGCCCGGUCGACCCCCCACCCCCUCCAAAACCAUCCCCGCCUAAAAUGCAAGGAAAGAAAGAACCCGAAGUUGUUACCCCUCCAGAACCACCAAAGCUUGAACAGGAAUCUCCUCAAGAAGUGCCCACUAAGUUAGAUAUUCCACCCGACCCUCCAAAACCCAAGGAGCCAGUACCGCAGCCAAAAAACGAUUCUCCUCCACAAAAACAAGACCCUCCUUUACCGCCAAAACCAAAGCCAAAACCAAAGCCAAAAAAAGAAAAGGCAGCACCAAGUCCACAACCAGCUCCACCUCCGCCAAAGGUGGAAAAACCAAACGCUAAAAAGCAGCUGCCUCCAAUAAGGGAACCUGAACCCAAAAAGGAGCCCCAGACAACCAAACAGGAACCAAAGAAGGUUGAUGAAAGCAAGGGCAAACCGAAACCAAAGCCAAAGGCUGAAAAACCACCUCCUCCAAAGAAAGAAGAGAAGAAGAAAAAGGAGAAGAAGACAAAGGUCAAGAAGGAGAAGGUGGAGAAACCCCUGCCCCCCAAGGUGCCGACGCCCGUCCCUGUGGAAGCCCCCAGACCUCAAACCCCCAAGAGAGAGUCCCCCGAACCAGAGGAGAGCAUUGCACCAUCCCCUGAUAACAAGUCGGAGGACAUGGACUUUGUGUUUGUGCGGGAGCAGUCGGAGAGUCCCGAGAGGAAGCAAACGCCGCCGCCACCGCCUCGUGCCCCCUCGGACCCACCGCCUGUUGCUGAAGUGGAAUCGGAGACUGAGGACUUAUCUCUGGACAAGGAAGAAAACCGCAAGCAGAUAUCCAACAAAGCGGCGCGGCAGGCCAAGAGGAAUGCAGCAGCUGCCAAGAAGCGAGAGGAAGUGGAGCGGAGAAGGAAGGAGAAGGAGGAAGAGGUCAAGCGGCAAAGAGAAGAGGCUGAUAGGCAAGAACAGCUCAAGAAUGAAAUGGAGGAAGAGAGGAAGCGGAGAGAUGAAGAGAGGAGACUGCGCAAGCUUCAACAGGAGGAGGAAAGAAAGAAGGAGGAACAGGCAGCCGUUGAACGGGAGAGGAGAAAGCAGUUGGAGCAGGAGAGAGAGAAGAGAGCAAAGGAGGAAUACCAGAGGAAGCUGGAGGAGAUGAAGAAGAAACAGGCUGAGGAGGAACAGAGGAGGAUGGAGGCCAUGCUGGAGAAGCAGAGAGAGGAUGAGGAACGUCGACGAGAAGAGGAAGAGAUGUUAUCGCAGAUGGCGGAACAGGAACGUCUUGCAUAUGAACGCAAGAAACAAGAGGAGGAAGAACAUAGACGACAGAGGGAAGAAGAAGAAAAGAAACGACGAGAAGAAGAGGCACAGCGAGCGCUAGAAGAAGCAAAACGAUUGGCUGAGGAGAUGGCGCGUCGCCAGGCAGAGCUGGAAGCGAGGCUCAAGUUUAACCGUGACCUUCAGCUGGAAUCUCAUGGGUUGAACCACACCCAGGACAUCACCAAGAUGUUCGUCUUCUCCUAUUUUGAACUGCUGCAAUGGCUUGGGCUCGACAUCCCAGAGUUCGACCUUCAGAAACUUGCUCAGUUUUAACACACAGCAUGGGCCAUCACAGGUCCUGUAGGAUUUAGCCGUUCUUUCAGAUAUUUGAAAGUAAGAUUAACAAAUUUAUGUUUCUUAAACACAUGAGAAAAAUGACUGUCAUCUCUGGGCAAGCCAUUCAUCAUGGCAGCUACAACACAGCAAGGCAGUUGUUGUCGUGACGAGGCAAGGAAAGUGACUUAAUUCAUGUACCAUGACUUUGUAUAUGGACUUCAUUUAACAUGGAAAUAAUUCUACAUGUGAAGUGACUGCAUGAAUCAUGAAGAGAUAUUGUUUUCAGAUACCAUAUUUCCUCUAUUAGUUGCCUGUGUGUCCAUUAAUUUUGAGCAAGCCAUUAACCUGGCUUCUGUUAGAGGCCAGGGUCCCGUUCCACAAAGCGAUCUUAGCACUAAGGUGAUCGCAAGUCCCAUACUUUAACAUAGGUUUACGAUCAUUGUAGCGCUAAGAUCGCCUUGAGGAACGGGGC